AUGCCAGCUCGGAUCUCUGACUCGUGUUCGCUUAGCCGAGAAUCCACUAUCCGUGCUGGCUGUGUUGGGUUUUUGUACGGCGGCAUGACCACGACCACAUCGGACUCGGACACUGUGUCUGGGUUUCAUGGCGCCGGUCCUCUCACGACAGUCUUUACGACUCCAGACUUUUGCGCGAGUCUCUACUGGACUGACACUGUCACACCGCCGCUCUCGAGUCUAGUAUGCAUGCCGCCCAAGUUCCACUCCUUAUACGACUAUAGCUUCGGGUUCUACUCGCCGGGAAUAUGCCCUACCGGGUAUUCAAAAGGCUGCGACUUCCCUGUGGAUAGGGCGCGAACAGAUGACCUUGGCGAGGUAUACUAUGGAGGAGCAGUGCUUAAAGGAGAGACCGUCAGAGUCUGCUGUCCGACGGGAUACACUUGUCUCUUGAACGACCCUUAUUCCUACAGCAAAUGCGUACACACGACCGACGACUCGGAAUUGGCAUUCGCACUACAGGUCCGCUGGCAGGAGUCCGACCUCAGCAUCCUUGCAACUGACCCAACCGUCCCUGGAUCGACGUACUCUGCGCCAGCAACGGCCACCGCAACACCCGCAACAAUAAAAAGCACAGCCAAGUCUGGAAGCAACAUCGACGCGACCGCCACCCCUACCCCGUCGUCUUCUUCCAGCACUACUGUCACGCAGAAUGAGAAUCCCGGCUCGACAACUCAAGGUGGAUUGUCGAGCGGUAGUACCAUCGCCAUAGCCCUUGGCGUGGGAGGGAUGGUCUUUGCUUUCGCUAUCAGCGCGUUGAUAUUCUUCAUUUGGAGGCAGCGCAGGAAGAGACGCGAGAACGAGGGCACCCGUAUCGAGUCUACGGUAUUUGGUGAUGGCGAUUCUAAGUCUUCGCCUGAUGGGUUCGCGCCGGAUAGGAAGGCCGAACUAGACUCGAGAGCGUUGGCAAGCUCGACCGCCCUGAGUGAAGCACAGGCAGAAAGAGACGCUGUAGAAAUGCCGCCACUACACAUUGCAGCAACAGAAAUGGAGAUCACCCCUACCGACUGCGGAAACAUCGCAAAGAGAAUCAGGAGCAUUAGGCAAUCCUGGAAAUUGGAAACGGCGGUCUGUAGCGAGGGGGCAGUCUCAGCUGAGGCCUUCCUCUCGUUCCUCGACGUCAACGUCUACUACGACAACGACAACAACGACAGAGGACAGACAGCAAAACUCAACGUGAUACGGUAG